AUGGUGGUGAUAGUCGAUGGGAUUGAGACAAUUGGCCAUGAUGCUGAUGGUGCAGAGAUAAAGGAGGAUGAGAGAGAUUGUUCAGCCAAUGUUGAUGUACUAUUUGGAGGACUUCUGCAUGGAAUGUUCAUGUGCAAUUCAAGGCUUGGAAUGGAAAAGAUUCCGUUCUUGAGGACUAUAAAUGACUACAGAGACUUCGAUUCUCAGGAGGAAAAAAAUGAAUGGGCAACCAAUGAAAAUCUUCCCCCAAAUGUAAUAAAACAGCUGGCAAAAGAAUUGAAGAAUCUUGAUGAAGCACCUCCUGAGGGCAUUAAAGUUGGUGUAAACGAUGAUAACUUUUCAAUUAUAUAUGCUGAUAUCGAUGGCCCUGCUGGGACUCCAUAUGAGAAUGGCAUUUUCCGCAUGAAGUUGACAUUGUCCAAUGAUUUCCCACAAUCCCCUCCCAAAGGCUAUUUCCUGACUAAGAUUUUUCAUCCAAACAUUGCUACCAAUGGUGAAAUUUGUGUUAAUGCAUUGAAGAAAGAUUGGAACCCAAGUCUUGGACUGAGACAUGUUUUAAUUGUAAUCAGAUGCUUGUUGAUUGAACCAUUUCCGGAAUCAGCUUUAAAUGAGCAGGCUGGCAAGAUGCUGCUUGAAAAUUAUGAGGAGUAUGCUAGACAUGCAAGGCUUUACACUGGAAUACAUGCUCUCAAGCCGAAGCCAAAGUUCAAAUCUGGAGUUAUUUCCGAAUCAACCACUACCCGAAAUGUUGAUCAGACAAACUCCUCAGUUAAGAGUGCCGACCAGAAGAAUGCAGUACCGGGUGCUGCAUCUCCAUUAGCCCCUAAACUUGAAAAUGGUCAAGAUCAGCCAGCAGUCAUAACAUCAACGUCUGAGACCGGAGUUGGUGGAUCAAUGACAGCUCCAUUGACACAGAAGAAGGAAGUUGGGCUGGCAAAAGCUCCUGCAGGCAAAAAGAAGAUGGAUGCAAGAAAGAAAAGCUUGAAGAGAUUGUAAAAGUUCCAUGGAUUUU